CGCGGGUGGGCUAGUCGCUGUCCCUCGGCCUGCCUCGCGGGGCUGUUGUGAGGGCUGGAGGAACACCUUAUGGCCCAGCCCGCCCGCCCGCGGUUUGCCCUUUCAGCGACGGACAGGAACCUCGCCCGCCCCGCCCCCUAGCGUCCUCAUGUGCCCGGAAUCUCCAUUUCCAGUCUUAGGGAGCGCGACUCUCCACUUUCCUUGGUCUAGGGCGGCGCGAGGCUAAGAUGGCGGCUCCAGCAGCGGCCCCGAGCCUGAGGGGAACGGACUCCGCCGGCGGCAGGCCUUCGCCUUCUUCCUCCUCCUCCGGGCUCUCUAUGGAGCAGAUCCGCGCCCUGACUGAGCUGCCGGACCUGGAGGCCGUCUACAGCCGCCUGUGCGGGGAGGAGAAAGCAGUGGAGGAAGAGUUGGAGAUGCUUCUGGAACAACAGGGCUCAAUUGAGAGCAAGAUGGCUGCCCUUCAUCGCAUGGGGCCUAACCUGCAGCUCAUUGAGGGAGAUGCUAAGCAGUUAGCAGGGAUGAUCACAUUCACCUGCAAUUUGGCUGAGAAUGUUAGCCACAAAGUCCGACAGCUUGAUCUUGCCAAGAACCGACUCUAUCAGGCCAUCCAGAGAGCAGAUGACAUUUUGGACUUGAAGUUCUGCAUGGAUGGAGUUCAGACAGCCUUGAGGAAUGAAGAUUAUGAACAAGCAGCUGCUCAUAUGCAUCGCUACCUUUCUUUGGACAAGUCGGUCAUUGAGCUCAGCCGGCAGGGCCGUGAAGGCAGCAUAAUUGAUGCCAACUUGAAGCUCCUGCAGGAGGCAGAGCAGCGCCUGAAGACAAUUGUGACUGAGAAAUUUGAUGUUGCCACAAAGCAGGAAGACCUUCCCCAGGUUGAACGCUUUUUCAAGAUAUUUCCCUUGCUGGGCUUGCACGAAGAAGGACUAAGUCGCUUCUCUGAAUACCUCUGCAAACAGGUCGCUAAUAAAGCAGAGGACAACCUGCAGUUGGUGAUGAAGACUGACAUGAGUGACCGUCGAGCUGCAGUCAUCUUUGCAGACACCCUGACUCUGCUGUUUGAAGGGAUUGCACGUAUUGUGGAGAGCCAUCAACCCAUUGUAGAAACCUACUAUGGACCAGGCAGGCUUUAUACGUUGAUUAAGCACCUGCAGACAGAAUGUGACCGACAGGUAGAGAAGGUUGUGGACAAGUUUAUCCAACAGAGAGACUAUCACAGACAGUUUCAGCAUGUUCAGAGCAGCAUGAUGAGGAGUUCACUUGUGGAAAAGAUUGAGCCAAGAGAACUUGACCCUAUUUUAACAGAGGUCACCUUGAUGAAUGCACGGAGUGAACUGUAUCUGAGAUUCAUUAGGAGGCGCAUCCUCUCUGAUUUUGAGGUGGGAGAUUCCGUGGCCUCCGAGGAUGUGAAGCAAGAACAUCAGAAGUGCCUGGACAAACUGCUGAACAACUGCUUCCUGAGCUGUGCCAUGCAGGAAUUGAUUGGCUACUAUAUUACCAUGGAAGAGUAUUUCAUGAGAGAGACUGUCAACAAGGCUGUUGCUAUGGACACAUGUGAGAAGGGCCAGCUGACCUCCAGCAUGGUGGACGACGUCUUCUAUAUCGUGAAGAAGUGCAUCGGGAGGGCUCUGUCCAGCUCCAGCAUCGACUGCCUGUGUGCAAUGAUCAACCAUUCCAUCACUGAGCUGGAGUCGGACUUCAGGGAGGUCUUAUGCAACAAGCUCAAGAUGGGUUUCCCCGCCACCCCCUUCCAGGACUUCCAGAGAGGUGUGACCAGUGCAGUGAGCAUCAUGCAUAGCAGCCUUCAGCAGGGCAAGUUUGACACCAAGGGCAUUGAAAGUACAGAUGAGGCCAAACAGUCCUUUCUGGUGACAUUAAAUAAUGUGGAGACCUGCAGUGAAAACAUAAUGACCCUCAAGAAGACGCUGGAGAGCGAUUGUGCCAAGCUGCUUAGCCAGGGGUUUGGGGGUGGACAAGCACAGCCCAAGCUCGACAGCUGCCUUUCUGACAUGGCUGCCAUGUCCAACAAGUUUCGAGAUCUGCUGCAGGAAGGGUUGAAUGAGCUCACUAACUCAGCUAUCAAGCCACAGGUGAAGCCCUGGAUCAACCUCUUCCUGUCGGUCUCUCAUAACAUCGAGGAGGAAGAAUUCAGUGACUAUGAAGCCAAUGACCCCUGGGUCCAGCAGUUCAUUCUCAAUCUGGAGCAGCAGAUGACAGAGUUCAAGGCAGGCCUGUCACCAGGGAUCUACGACAGCCUUACCAGCCUGAUGACCAGUCUCAUUGCUGUUGAACUGGAGAAAGUUGUGCUCAAGUCCACUUUCAGCAGGCUUGGUGGGCUGCAGUUUGACAAGGAGUUGCGUUCCCUGAUUGCCUACCUCACCACAGUCACCACCUGGACCAUCCGUGACAAGUUUGCCCGGCUCUCCCAGAUGGCGACCAUCCUCAACUUAGAAAGAGUAGCAGAGAUCAUGGAUUACUGGGGACCAAACUCAGGCCCACUGACAUGGCGUCUAACUCCUGCUGAGGUCCGUCAAGUGCUGGCCCUCCGGAUGGAUUUUCGCAGUGAAGACAUCAAGCGCCUGCGCCUCUAGCCUACCAGCAGCCCAUUCCUGUGAAUGGUGAUCACUGGGAAGGGGCGAUGCUCAACUUUGUCCUCUCUUAAGAAGGCCUAGCUAAGCUCUUACAAUGUAAAGGAAAUGCCGGUCCUGUCCUCCUGGAGUCUCUCAAGUUGAAAAAUCAACCAGCUUGGCACCCAGUGGGUUAAACUUCAGAAACAUAAAUCAUCCUUCAGCUCCUUCUCUGUGAAUUGGUACAGCUCUCUUUUUCUACAUCUUUAAUGUAAUGCACAUACACAACUUGAAUGUGUACAAACAUUUAAGUAGCAACUGAAAAUUGGCAAGUGAUGACUGUGUAAAAUUGUGAGCUCACCUGUCUGUAUCUGCACACUUAGCCACAUAGUUUUAGUCAUGGAAACAUGGUACUUUGGGGGAAAGUGGCAUGUCUUCUGUGCUGUCAGAAGCUGCAUUGUGUCCUUGGCGCCACCAAUUAAAAGGAUCUUUGGGAGCAGAGAUAAUAAAGGCCUCUGCCCAAGAUCCUGGACAGCUGUUGCCAGUCAGUAAUUAUGCUGGUCUGGCUUAGUUGAAGGCCGCUGUGUGGAGGGUGAAUUGAUUUAAAUAAAUUACAUUUCCCAUUGCAUACUUUUUCACAUGGUUUCCUAAACAGUAGCGCAAAUCUGACUGCUACACCAUGUUAAUUGGCAACUAAAUAGGAUUUACACUUUUUCAUUCUUUGCAUUGAGGCCUUUGUUUUUUGUUGCUCCCCAUACAUUUUGCAUGCUUGACUCCCCUCUCCCCAAAUACAGGGAACAUCUUUACAGGAUCCUUGUUGCAGCCAGCAGCCAUGACGUUUUGUGUGGGGCACCAAGGGCCUGCACACUGGAUGCUAUUGCCCUCUCUUCUCUUUUCCAGGGUUGUUUCACUCAGAUUUUGGCCCAGCCUCACCCUCCCAAAAAAGAACAAAAAUUGGAUGCCCACGAUGGAGCUAGUAAGCCAAGGCCCAAGAGCCACUGGGCAGCCUAGUUUGUUUUUGUCAGAUGAAAAUGGGAAUAUUUGAGAAAUUAUCAAAUUAGAUCUUCAUUAACACAAAAAAGCCUCUUUUAACUGCAUGUCUCUAGAAAGUGUUGAUUCAGUUGGAUAGAUUAAAAUGCUUAUAUCCAGAUUA